ACAAAACCUAAACAAGCCUGCUCAUGAAACCGGUUGUAUAAAGAGAAAAUACGGUGUGUGCUAACGUGUUUCCCUUACCCGGGACUGUGACCUCUUACAGACCUAAUCUUAUUGCUUUCAUCGCAUGUUGCAUUACUUUUUAAGAAGAGCAGCCUUACAUUUUGCACCAGAGCAUUUAUUGAGACUUUUGUCACAAAGGAGUAAGAGAUCCAAAUUCGUCUUCUUCUACCGGACCGAGCCAUUAACCAGUCAAAGCGUCAUGUCAGGCAAGAAACGCAAGGCACCAACAUCUGCAGCCAAAGAGGCCAGUGCCAAACAGCAGAAGCUGGCGCCCGUUAAGGAGGAGAAACAGGAAAGAGCUGGAGGCUGGCUGCAGGACCAUCUGAAGCAGCAGAGGACAGAGAAGAAGGACAUGAAAUUCAACAAGAAACGCCUGCGUUUUGUUUCUAAGGCUGAAGAUAUAAAGCAGGGCUCAAAGGGUGUCUUGUACUGGAUGUCAAGAGACCAGAGAGUACAAGAUAAUUGGGCACUGAUCCAUGCACAGCAGCUUGCUGUGAAGGAGAACCUUCCUCUGCACAUCUGUUUCUGCCUGGUCGUCCCCAAAUCAGAACUCUCCACUCUGAGACAUUUCAGCUUUAUGCUCGAAGGUCUAAAGGAAGUUGCAAAGGAAUGCAAAACCCUGGACAUCCAGUUCCACUUGCUGCACGGUUCAGCGGGGGAAGUUCUCCCCGGCUUUGUCUCCGACCGUGGCCUGGGGGCGGUGGUAACAGACUUCAGCCCGCUCAGGGAGCAGAUGCAGUGGUUAGAGGAUGUCAAAAACAUGCUCCCGAAAGACAUCCCCCUCAUACAGGUUGAUGCCCACAAUAUUGUUCCCUGCUGGGUAGCGUCACCCAAACUUGAGUAUGCUGCCAGGACAAUCAGAGGAAAGAUUACCAAGCUUUUGCCAGAGUACCUCACUGACCUUCCUCUGGUAGAGAAACACCCCUACACGGCAACGAGAACCGCCAAACCCAUCGACUGGGGCGAGACUUUGGCCUCCUUGAAGGUUGACACAAAAGUUGGAGAGACAGAUUGGGCCAAGCCAGGCACCAAGGCAGGGGUGGCCAUGUUGGAGUCCUUCAUUGAUGUACGCCUUAAACUGUUUGACACCAAACGCAACGACCCAAACGCUCAUGCACUCAGCCAGCUCUCCCCCUGGAUCCGCUUCGGCCACCUGUCAGCGCAGCGCGUGGCCCUGCAGGUUCAGCACAGCGGGAAGAAGGCAGGCGUCACAGUCGCCUCCUACAUUGAGGAGCUGGUGGUGCGCAGGGAGCUGACUGAUAACUUCUGCUUCUACAACAAGAAAUACGACAGUGUGGAUGGUGCAUAUGAGUGGGCUCAGAAGACCUUAAAAGAUCACGCCAAAGACGAGAGGCCGUAUCUCUACACACGUGAGCAGCUGGAGAAAGCGAAGACUCAUGACAAGCUCUGGAAUGGAGCUCAGUACCAGAUGGUCAGUGAGGGGAAGAUGCACGGUUUCUUGAGAAUGUACUGGGCCAAAAAGAUCCUGGAGUGGACGUCCUCACCAGAGGAGGCGCUCUCAACCGCUCUGUACCUAAAUGACCGCUACAGUCUGGAUGGCCAGGACCCCAACGGUUUCGUCGGCUGCAUGUGGUCUAUAUGUGGCAUCCAUGACCAGGGCUGGGCAGAGAGAGCCGUCUUUGGAAAGGUCCGCUACAUGAACUACAAAGGCUGCCUCCGGAAGUUUGACGUCGCACGCUUUGAGAAGCAGUACUGUCCCAAAAACCUCUGAAACAUGAAACGUUUAGACGGGUGAGAAUAAGAUGACAGCCUUUAUACCCUAUACAUUUAUCUCAGGGAGCUGUUUUGAAGCCUCUCUCACAACUGUAAUAUUAUUUUUCUGCGUUUUGUUUUUGCUAGUUUCUUCUCAAAGUACUCAGAGUGCUUUAGCCUGGGCGGUUUCUUCUGCUGAAUAUUCAGACACAUGUUGUUUACACUUAUCUGUUAUCUGUACGCUCGUCGUUUUUUUUUUCAGCUACUUGUAUGUUACUGUUUUUUUAUUACAUUGUUUACUUUUUAAUGUUAUCUAAAAAAAUAAACCUUGUUUUUUUAUAGUGUUCACAAUGAAUUUAUAUCACAAUGUAUGCAGUUCUUUUAAAGCAACUCUUUGGCUUUAACUUCUUUUUCCUCAUCUCAUAAAGUAACUGUAAUAAAGAUGUUUUUUUUUUUU